AAAAUCAUCGUGCCCGUCUUCGGCAUCGCCACGCCCUUCCACAUCGCCACCAUCAAGAACAUCAGCAUGUCGGGAGGGGACUACACCUACCUGCGCAUCAACUUCUUCUGCCCGGGCAGCGCCCUGGGGCGCAACGAGGGCAACAUCUUCCCCAACCCCGAGGCCACCUUCGUCAAGGAGAUCACCUACAGAGCGUCCAACCUGAAGCCCCCCGGGGAGCAGACGGUGCCGGCGUCCAACCUGCAGAACUCGUUCCGCAUCAUCAAGGAGGUGCAGAAGCGCUACAAGACCCGCGAGGCCGAGGAGAAGGAGAAGGAGGGGAUCGUCAAGCAGGACUCUCUGGUGAUCAACCUGAACCGCAGCAACCCCAAACUGAAGGACCUUUACAUCCGGCCCAACAUUGCCCAGAAGAGGAUGCAGGGGGCCCUAGAGGCUCAUGUCAAUGGGUUCCGUUUCACGUCGGUGCGGGGGGACAAGGUGGACAUCCUGUACAACAACAUCAAACACGCCGUGUUCCAGCCCUGUGACGGCGAGAUGAUCAUCGUGCUGCACUUCCACCUCAAGAACGCCAUCAUGUUCGGCAAGAAGCGCCACACGGACGUGCAGUUCUACACCGAGGUGGGCGAGAUCACCACGGACCUGGGCAAGCACCAGCACAUGCACGACAGGGACAACCUCUACGCUGAGCAGGUGGGGUAAAAAACCGGGAAAAUGGGAAAAAACGGGAAAAAAAACGAAAAAAUGGGAAAAAACGGUGAAAAAAUGGUGAAAAACGGCCAAAAAAUGGCCA